AGAAAUGUUGGUAGGGUCAAACCCUGGUUUGCAAUGUUGGAGAAGGAGAAGGAGAAGAGAUGUGGUUGAGUCCUGUCAUAUGGCAUAUAGCAUGAUCAUUAGUUUAUGCCACAUUCCUCAUUCCCUUGUAUACCCACACACCUCUUCUUCUCUCGCCUUCAAAAGUGCAUCCCCAAAUCAUGGAAACAAACCCCCAAACCACUUUUCAAACCCAUCAUCGCCUCUAGCCAUGCCCAUGCAUCUAUGGUUGGUCUUCUCAUUGCGUCCCUCAAGGACUUUGUCACUCAUGGCCACUUAUCUAACGCAUUCAAAACCUUCUCCCAAAUUCAGCACCAUGCCCCUUCUUCCCAUCUUCUCUUGCACCCCAUUAGCUCCCUCCUCUUCGCUUGCGCCAAUCACACCUCACUCUCACAGGGUAAGCAGCUUCAUGCUCAUAUCCUCUCACUGGGUCUUCAUCAAAAUCAUAUUUUGGUUCCAAAGCUCAUUACUUUUUACACAAAUGUUAACCUCCUCACCGAUGCCCAAUUUGUCGCCGAGAGUUCUAAUAGUUUCGAUCCUUUGCAUUGGAAUAUGGUUAUCUCGCUUUAUGUAAAAAAUGGGUUCUUUGCGGAGGCUCUUUCUGUUUAUAAGAAAAUGUUGAGUAGGAAGAUUGAACCAGAUGAGUACACUUACCCGUCUGUUCUUAAGGCGUGUGGGGAAUCAUUGGAUUUGGAUACUGGGGUGGAGGUUCAUAAGUCCAUUGAGGGUAGAUGCAUGGAGUGGAGCUUGUUUGUGCAUAAUGCUUUGGUUUCCAUGUAUGGCAGGUUUGGGAAACUGGAGGUUGCGCGCCACUUGUUUGAUAAAAUGCCAACUAGAGAUGCUGUUUCUUGGAACACUAUAAUCAGCUGUUAUGCCUCUAGGGGUAUGUGGAGGGAAGCGUUUCAGCUGUUCGGAAGCAUGCGGGAGGAGGGUGUUGAGAUGAAUGUGAUCAUAUGGAACACCAUUGCUGGGGGGUGCUUGCAUUCCGGCAAUUUCGGAGGCGCGCUCAAGCUGAUUUCUCAGAUGAGAUCAUCCAUUCAUCUGGAUGCUGUUGCCAUGGUUGUUGGGUUAAACGCUUGCUCCCACAUUGGAGCCCUUAAAUUGGGCAAGGAGAUUCACGGUCACGCAGUGCGAACUUGCUUUGAUGUGUUUGACAAUGUGAGGAAUGCGUUGAUUACUAUGUAUUCCAGGUGUAGAGAUCUCGGGCAUGCAUUUAUGUUGUUUCAUAAAAUGGAAGAAAAAGGUCUGAUCACUUGGAAUGCCAUGCUCUCUGGAUAUGCCCACAUGGAUCGAUCCGAGGAAGUCACCUUCCUUUUCAGAGAGAUGUUACAGAAAGGCAUGGAACCUAAUUACGUGACCAUUGCAAGCGUUCUUCCUCUUUGUGCUCGCAUAGCAAAUCUGCAGCAUGGCAAAGAGUUUCAUUGCUACAUUAUGAAGCGUGAGCAGUUUAAGGACUACUUGUUAUUGUGGAAUGCCCUGGUGGACAUGUAUGCAAGGUCUGGCAAAGUUUUGGAAGCCAGAAAAGUGUUUGAUUCAUUGAGCACAAGAGAUGAAGUUACGUACACUUCCAUGAUUACGGGAUACGGAAUGAAGGGUGAUGGAGAAACGGCUCUGAAACUGUUUGAAGAGAUGUGCAAGUUGGAGAUUAAGCCAGAUCAUGUAACAAUGGUCGCGGUUCUAACGGCUUGUAGUCAUUCUGGACUAGUAGUGCAGGGGCAAAUGCUGUUUAAAAGGAUGAUACAUGUUUAUGGGAUAGUUCCACGCCUUGAGCACUAUGCCUGCAUGGUUGAUCUCUUUGGGAGGGCUGGUUUUCUGAACAAAGCAAAGAAGGUUAUCACAGGGAUGCCAUACAAGCCAACUUGCGCGAUGUGGGCAACGCUGAUAGGAGCGUGUCGAAUCCAUGGAAACAUGGUGCAGGGGGAAUGGGCAGCCGGAAAGUUGCUGGAAAUGAAGCCGGAUCAUUCGGGUUAUCAUGUGCUGAUUGCGAAUAUGUAUGCAGCUGCUGGUUGUUGGAGCAAACUAGCAGAGGUGAGGACUUAUAUGAGGAAUUUGGGUGUGAGGAAGGCUCCUGGUUGUGCUUGGGUUGAUAUUGGCAAUGAGUUCUCUCCCUUUUUGGUUGGGGACACUUCCAACCCUCAUGCAUCUGAGAUUUACCCUUUGAUGGAUGGGUUGAAUGAGCUAAUGAAAGAUGCUGGUUAUGUAAGAAGUGAAGAGUUUGUUUCAUCUGAGGAAGAUUUCGAGGAGUUGAAUAUCGUUGGGAAUGUAUACUGAAUAGAAGUUAAAAUAGAUUUUAUUCAUUUAUAGAUGGCUAUUGUUGUUUUAGAAGCAGAAACUUGCUACAGUUGCCAGAUGAAGCAGAAAAAUUGAACUCUUUACACUAAAAUUAUUACAAGUUAUUUUCGAAUGGUCAUUUUACAUCUUUGGCACAUCGGAUCUCAUUGCUCUGUUCCCCAGUGCCAGCCAUUUCAGUUACCAGAUUUUGCAUUAUUUGUGAUAAAAUGCCUAGUCAACUUUUUACGUCGAGCAGGUCCUUGUGCAUCAUCUGCCCUGGGGUUAAUAAAAUUUAGGGUGAUUUAAGUUUCGAUACAUUGA